GCUUGCAAGGGGUCAUCGUGCCCCGAGGUCUGCCGGUAGCACUUUCUGCCGUGGAUUCCAGCAAAGACCACCAUCUUGAACCUCGCGGCUCGUCAGGCCACCGGCACCCGGUCGCCAUGACGGACCAUGGAGGUAUCUACCAUCAUGAGCAGCCCCGUUCUCAAGCUCGCUCAUUGCUCGAUGCACACAUCAGCUCGGAACUUCACCUGCUGGCCACCAUGGCCUCCGACCGCCGGGACAGAGACACCACCACCACCACAACGACUACCAGUCCCGCUACUCCUUCCACACCCGCCUCGCCUCAGACAGCUGAUCGUGUCGGCUCAAAUGCCAGCCCUUCGGUGCCUCGGCAAGAGCACCGUGCCCGUCACAAGUUGCGGCGCCACGGAGAUGCUCUCUCUGCUAUUGAGGCCCUCAACCAGGUGCGCCGUGCGCCCACCGCUUCAUCCCACGCACACGCAUCACGCCAGCCCCGCACGCCCCCCUCCGCCGAGGCCGCGACCCCCUAUGGUGCAAGUCUCCAUGCCACUGGUGACAGCUCCGCUACUGGUAUAUCCGCUUCGUCCGGCGCCCACGCUCGCACCAACGGCUCGUCAAGCUCCCCGGAUGCUGUCCGACGUGCCUCGGAGCUUGCCGAUGCCACCGUCGUUACAAACAACCUUAGCGACCCCUUGAUGCCUGCUUCACUUCAUCAAUGGGCUGUCGGUCUUCCCGACCGCUCAAACACCCACUUGAGCACGGUUACCGGUGUGUCGCGCUCAGAGGACACAAGUCCAGAGACCAAACCCCGUCCCUCUGCUCGUAAAGGGGCUUCUAGCCCUAGUUCCAGCAGCGUGCCCUCCACGGUCAUGGCUACCUCGGCGGUAGCGCGCGUCAAAACUGCUCUGGCGCGCUCCAACUCUGUGCCAACCGGCAGCUCUCUGCCUGCGGCGCCCGAGCCCAGCGGCGACGCGAGCGAUUCGGGUGCCACCGCACCACGUGGGCGACGUCGUAGUGCCGCCGACGCUCGACCUGCCUCCGACGCUGCUGCCCCCGCUUCCAAGCGAGGCAAGCGUGCGGCUGGCCUGCAGUCCAAGGAUGGCGCCCGACAACGACUCAAAUUUUUAUGCAAACAAUAUCUUGAAAAAUUUGGCCAACACCCUUCGGCCUGCGUCGAUGAGUUUAUCCAAUGGGUGCGUGCCACCAAGUUUAAAAAAGCAGAUACCCGCUGUUCCUGCGAGGGCGGACCGAAUGCCGACUGCGAAUGCUCCAACUGCGCUCAUUGUCGCCUCGAACGAAGCGUGCAAAUGUGCUGUGAAGGCAAAAUGAAUUGGCCACACCGCAGCAAUUGACGCAAGUAUACCGACCCUGUUCCCCGUCGCCAUCAUGUCCUCCCCACCCUUUCCUCCGGGCCUUUGCCGCCAUGCGAUUUGCGUUUUUUUUUUUUUUUAAAAAAACUGCCCUCGCCCCCGUGUUCUUCUGUGAUUAUCCGUGCUGGGCUGGGCCCCGUGUUUGAUGUUCCGACCCACGUUUCUUGUUUGCCCGCCGUCUCCUCAAAGAGUUUGAGAUGUGCCCUAAGCUACGUUCACUUACGAUAGACCUUCCCCCCGCCAAUUCCUCUACCUUCGUCACUUUCCCAUUCCUUUGCCUGCCUCCUCGACCAAUUGACUACCUUCAACCUGC